UCAUCUGGUUACGUUAUUGACCACCCCCCGACCCAAAAAAUGGGCUUCCCCUACAUUUUUCCCGACGCCACGCUACUGCUUGUCGUCACGCUAGCCUUUAUACAGUCUGUACCCGCCGGCUGGACCACCGUCUCCCUUGAACCCUUGAACACUCAGUAUAAAACAAGCUAUUCUGGAUAAAGUUAUUAAGAAGAUGGCUACGGACAGCUAUGAAAUGAACGGUGAUGCCGACCGAAAUGGAGAGGCGGAGGUUGCGCUGCGAGGCCAGGGGAGGAGGCAACAGGGGCCUCUGAACAUGAACCAUUAUGCCAAUAAGAAGAGUGCGGCAGAGAGCAUGCUGGAUGUAGCUCUACUGGUGGCCAACACCUCACAGCUGAAGGCUGUGAUGGAGCAAGGACCCGGCUUCACCUUCUAUGCACCCCUUAUCACUCUCAUUAGCAUCUCUCUCAUCCUACAAAUCAUAGUGGGAGUUCUGCUCAUCUUCAUAGUUAAGUGGAACCUGAAUGAUACACGCAUGCACUUCAAGCUGAACAUCUUGGAGAAUACCACCACAGCCUUCGUCGUUAUCAUAGUCGUGGUCAACGUCUUCAUUACAGCCUUUGGUGUACAGCGGCCCAACCCGAGUUCUUGAUCACCCUUUACAGGACUCUACAUGCCUGCUGAUCAACUUAGUAAAGAAGGACCUCCACAUUAUUUACACAAAUAUGCAGAAUAUUUAUUCCCCAAACUAAGUGGCAUUGCACUCAGUGGCGUUUUCUCCCGGAGGCCAAGGGAAGCCAGGCUUCCCCUGUUUUUUCGGAUUGUAGUUAUAAUUUAAAUAAAUAAAUACAAACACUUUG